AUGGUCUGUCUCUGUUUGGGGUCCUUCUUUUCGAAGUUGUUUCACAACCGACAUCAAAAAUGUAUCCAAAAACAGGCUCAAAAAAAAGCCCAAAUCAAAGUCGAUAAAGAAACCAAACUCAAUACCGAAAUGAACCGCCAAAGUAAUGUUAUUACAGAACAAAGACUCGGAAUGAGAGAGAUUACUGAGGAGGAAUAUGAUAGAGGAAUCAUUGACUAUCGAACAUACAAACCAAUCACCAUUACCGUGAUUGAUGUCCAUGGAGUUACGCAUGUUCAGGAAGUUAUCGAUUUCAAUCCUUCGGUCUCUUUGGGUGAGGUUACACAACCAGAAAGAGUCGAGAUGGCGGGGGAAGAGCUUAGUGGAUCUCAGGAAAAAGUAGAGAUGGUAGAAGAUAAUCACACGGCUAUCACUGGGGAAUUGAAUGCAAGGGGGAGUCUGCAGAUGGUGAAAGACAACCCCACCACUAUCACCAAGGAAUCGAGUGAUAAGGAACGUUUACGAAUGGUAGAAGACAAUCACCCUUCUGUUACCGAACAAUCGAGCGACAGAGAAAGCCUACAGAUUCUAGACAACAAUCACCCCGCUAUAAUCAACGACCCAAGCGAUAAAGAAAGUCUCGAAAUGAUAGCCAUAGAUAUGAACGGUCAUGAAACCCGCAUCAGAUGGCGUGGUAUCAUGACACCAGAGCGAAAGAAAAGCUAUGAAUCUAUGCGCUAG